UUUCCGAUAAGAUAGCAAGCGCAUCCAACAACUUGCCAUUCGCAAACCUACUUUAUUAGAGUUCGACCUCGACUUCCUUCUCCAUCCUCGGCCCAGCGUCGCUCCGAGCCGCACGCCGCACGCUGCAAGCAUGGGAAAAGGCACCGACAAGCUUUACAUCAACCACUCGGAGUGGUCAUCGACGGAUGCCUACAGCGCCAGCGUCGGGGCGAAUGCGCGAAAACAGGGUGGCGGCGCAGCACACGCGAGCUUCAAGCGCCUCCCUUUCCACUUCUGCGCCGCCAGUCUCCAGCCUUUCAAGAACCCCGUCUGCACCCCGCAAGGCACCAUCUUCGAUGUCGAGGUCAUUGGCGCCUGGCUGGAGAAGCACAAGACGAACCCCGUCAACGGCGAGCCGCUCGCCGCCAAGGACCUCAUCCGCCUCAAUUUCGCCCGCAAUGCCGACACCGCCGCCCAGGACGACCGCAAUGGCGCGCCCGCGCCGACCGACGGGAAGGGCGACUUCAUCGACCCCGUCACGUUCAAGGUGUUUACCGACAACACGCACAUCGUCGCCAUCCGCCACGGCAACUACGCCAACGUGUUCGCCUGGGAGACGGUCGAGCGCAUGAACAUCAAGGCCAAGAUGUGGCGCGACCUGGUCGACGACGUCGAGUUCACCCGCAAGGACAUCAUCACGCUCCAGGACCCGCAGAACGCCGCCAGCCGCGACCUCGGCCAAUUUAGGUACCUCCAGGAAGGGCAGGACGCUCCUCUGCUCACCAAGGAACAGGCCGAGCAGCGCGAGCAGGGCGGCAUCAAUGUCGGCGCCCUCGGCCGGUUAGGCGACAAGGUGCUCCGCGCGAAAGAAGCCGUCGAGCGCGCCCGCCAGGCCCGCGCGACCGGCGGCGACGUCAACCGCAUCACCAAGUCCCUCGCCAACAACCCCUCCUCGAAGACAUCCUCCUCCUCCACCACCACCACCACCGCCGCCGCCAACCCGGCAUCCCGAGCCCCCUCCGCCAUCCAGGAGAAGAAGCUCGCUCCCAACGCGGCCAUCUACACCACCGGCCGCACGGCCGCCUCGUUCACCUCCACCGGCCUCACGCCCUCGACGUCCACCGAGCGGGCCAUCCUCAGCGACGAGGAGUGGAUGCUCCGGCCGCGGCGGAUCAGGCACAAGGGGUACGCGCGGGUGGAGACGAACCUGGGGGCGCUGACGGUGGAGCUGCACACGGAGACGGCGCCCAAGGCGGUGUGGAACUUUGUGCGGCUGGCGCAGAAGGGCUACUACCGGGGCGUGCGCUUCCACCGCAACAUCCGCAACUUCAUGAUCCAGGGCGGCGACCCGACCGGCACCGGCCGCGGCGGGCAGAGCAUCUGGGGCAGGGCCUUCGCCGACGAGCUCGAGGGCCCCCACGUGCACGACGGCCGCGGCGUCGUCAGCAUGGCCAACAAGGGCAAGAACACCAACUCGUCCCAGUUCUUCAUCACCUACCGCCCGGCCAAGCACCUCGACCGCAAGCACACCGUCUUUGGCCGCGUCGUCGAGGGUGCCGACUCCACCCUCGACAAGAUGGAGGCCGUCCCCGUCGAGGAGGGCACGAACCGCCCGCUCCAGGACAUUGUCAUCCAGGAGGUGGUGGUGCUGAUCGACCCCUUCGAGGAGUUCCUCAAGGAGAAGAACAAGAAGGAAGAAGAGGACAAGAGCCGGGAGGAGGCCAGGCGGCUGGGCGGCAACGAGGACGACCGCACGACCUGGACCGGCAAGAGGAUCCGUGCCGACGGGGCGGUGGUGGGAGACGAAAAGGCGAAGGGGGUUGGGAAGUAUCUAAAGGACGCUAUCGCUGCUGCUGCUGCUGCGCAGCAAGAUGAUGGCGGUGGCGCGGAAUCGGUGGAGACGUGGGAAGAACCGGCAAAGAAAAAAGUCAAGAUGGGAGGAGGGUUUGGGAACUUCGAUUCGUGGUGAGUAGGAAGGGAAAAUGGGAAAUUUGCUUGAGCAUCGCACGGCGUUGAUCGGGAAAAGCGGGCCUAAGAAUAUGAUCGAGUUCUGGGAGCUGAACAUUUGUUUCGUGCCGGGGCGGUUCAAUCGGGGAAUAAACAUGUAUCAGAAUAUAUAU